CGAGGCGUGGCAAGCAGCUAGUGGCGUGUCUCAUCUCGAACCAGCAGCGGGUGUAAAUAAAUAUACACAACAGAAUCAUCAGGAAUGGAGUCCACUCAGGAAUUUAAGGAGACCACAACUGUGAACCUGGGCGCCCUCCUAGACGCGGGGGACGGAGCCGUGGUGAUUCUGGCGGCGGGCGACGCCCGUCUCGUGGUGCACAGGGCCGUGCUGGCCGAUAGGAGUCCCGUGUUCGCCGCGAUGUUCCGGCACGAGACGCUGGAGGCCAGUAGCGGCCUGGUCACGAUACCAGACGUGGAGGGCCCUGUGCUGCGCCAGCUGGUCGCCUACCUCUACACCCUGCAGGCCCCCCAGCUGCCCGGCAUGGCCGCCCAGCUACUGGCAGCCGCAGAAAAGUACGGCUUGCUGGUGCUGAAGGCUCACUGCGAGCGCCAGGUGGCCGCGCAGCUGUCAGUCGAGAAUGCGGCGACCACAGCCGUUCUCGCAGUCAGGCACUCCGGGGCCAGCCUCACAAAGGCCGCCGUUAACUUCAUGAAGGCCCACCUGGUUCCAGUGAUGGCGACGCAGGGCUGGGCUGACGCAGUCCGCUCCCAGCCAGAAGACGUGGUCCAAGUCAGUCGGCUGCUCUCAGAGCUACCAGCAGAAACCAGGAGCCUUUCUGCAAAAGAGAAGGACAGGAGACUAAUCAAGGCAGCUAAGCAGGGGACCGUGGAUGAUGUGCGGACGCUGCUCGCAGCAGGGGCCGAUGUGGGGGCGAGAGAAGAGGACGGCACCAGGAGAACCGCCCUGCAUUAUGCAGCAGCAGAGGGACACGUCGAGGCUGCGAGGUGUUUGGUAGAGGCUGGCGCAGAAAUGAGUGCCAGGACGUCCCGUGGGAACACGCCUCUGCACAGGGCUGCCUGGAACGGCCACGCAGCAGUGGUGCGGCUGCUGACGGCGUCCUCUGCCGACCCCAACGCUUGGAGUGAGGGUGGGUGGACUCCACUGCACGAUGCGGCGUUCAAUGGCCAGGAGCAGGCAGCGACUGCACUGCUGCAGGCAGGGGCCGACCGGAGAGCCAGAAAUAAUGAAGGCAAGACGGCACUCGACCUCGCCAGGGAGAAGAAUCAUCACCAGCUGAUAGACAUCCUAAGAUGA